AUCGAAUAGCUAUCGACCUCCAUAUUUUUGCCGCCAUAUUGGUAGUUUCGUUUUCGCAAGAAUAGUUCAUAUUUAACAGUCGGAUCAACAACUUUUUUAAGCAUGGCUGCAGCUUUAGAGGUAACAGUGAAUAAAGGAUCGGAUGUAGUUUAUGAUUAUGUAUGUUCAGUUUGCGAGGAAAGUAACACUUUGACCGAAGCCAAGUUCAACUGUGAACGCUGUUUUAAGUUCUACUGUGACGGUUGUGUUGACCUACAUAAUCAGUUGUUUAAGACACACGAUGUUACCGGAAGAGAGAAUAAAAACGUAUGGCCGGUUUCUAAGGCAACAAAACAUAUCAUAGAAAAAUGCUCUGCACAUGAAAACGAGAAAUUGAAGAUGUUUUGUGAAGAUCACAGUCAGUUGUGCUGUCAUUUGUGUAUUCUUCAAGGUCACAUAACAUGUCAAAGUGUGGUGCAGAUUGUCGAAAAGUCAAAAGAAAUCAAUCCAAGUGGCGACGUCUCUGUUCUGAUUGGGGAGAUUACAAGACACAUAAAGGAUUUAGACGAAAGGACAAACACAGCGGAAGAAAUGCUCAAGAACCUUCAAGAAUCUUAUCAAAUUGCCCUUGAAGAACUUAAAGCUACCAGGAAGAAAAUUGUUGAUUAUUUAGACGAUCUUGAGAAAAAAACGAUCAAAGAAUUAGAACAACUAUUUAAAAACUUACAAGAGUCCUACAUGUCAGAUAUAGUCAGUUGCAAGAAGGUUAAAAAUGACUUACAAUAUCUCUCAAGUUGCAUUCGAGAUAUCGCUGGCAAGAACGAGCAACUGACAUAUAUCUCCUAUAUUAAAUGUCUCAACAAAAUAAAUGCAUUCGAAAAAGGGCAUCCGCGAACCGAAAAGACUUAUGUUUUAUUCAAACCUAAUACUCAGUUUGAAGAUUUAAUUUCUAAGAGGCCCGGAUUUGGGACUAUUUCUAGCAUAAACUUAAAACAACAAUUAGCCGAUGCAAACGCACUUCUUACUGUGAACAAUUCUUCAAAGCAUAGUGUUCCAAUUGGUUCUUCUUAUGUGACUGGUAUCACUGAGUUACCUAGCGGAGGUUUGCUAAUUACAGAUUAUAGCACACAAAAAGUUACAUUGUUAGACACCAAUAACAAAGUAGCUGACAGCUGUACCCUCUCAAAUGGACCAUGGGCGAUAUGUACCGUGAGUGUCGACGAUGUAGCUAUGACCCUCGGUAACAGUGUGCAGUUCCUUAAAGUACGUAACAACCGCAUUGAAAUGGGAAACGUCUUGCAGCUACAGCACGAAUGUGUUGGCAUUGCUCAUCAUAAUAAUAUGCUGUACAUAACAUCCAAUCAAGCUCUGUAUAGAUACUCACGAGAAGGUGGGCUGCAAAAGAAGUUGUAUGAGGAUACCAAUGGAGUCAAUGCAGUUUUUCAGUGCGCCGUCAGUCCUGAUGGUGAUACAAUCUACGUUACAAACUAAUUGCACCAUAAGCUGCUGACUUUGGACAAACAAGGUACGCUGCUGUCGUCGUUUUCUGAUCCGGAACUACAACCUAUACAUGGAAUAUAUGUGACUGAUGCAGGGCAGGUGAUAGUUAGUGGUUACUUCUCACACUCAAUCCUUCAGAUAUCCAUAGAUGGUAAAAAGAAGCUGGCUACCUUGCUGACAUUUAAUGAUGGUGUGAAGUAUCCUACAUGCGUAUGCGUGUGCAAGCAUAAUGGGUCGAUCAUAGUGGGACAAUGUAGUGAUAACAUUCUGAUGUUUAAAUGCACAUGACUCUAAACCAGAUAGAAUCAAUAAAUCGUAGACAAGAAUAUACCGGUAGUCAUGUUUAGAUAUUAUUGUAUUCAAUGACCGCAUAGGAAGUUAAUUUCCAAAUUUGAGUACUGUAGUUUGAGAGAGUGGGUUUAUCUUUGAGGGUACUUGAGUUGAUCGCAAGCGAAACACUACGAUUUAUUAUAUCAUAGUUUCUAAUUAUUUGAUAUGAAUACGAGUAUAAGUCUUUUAAAGUCUUCGGACAUUACCAACUGUUAGCGUUCAGUUACAAGUAAGCGGACUCAAGCCGCAAGUCAUGUUUUGGUCAUAUAUACUUUUAUUCCUCCAUAUACAAGACACGAAGAGCAAAACACAAUAUAACUAUAUAUAAACAAUGGUUAGAUAGAUACAAAACAUAAACGAUAUAUAUGGAUGUUAAUAUCAACAUCAGCAAAAAAAAGAGAACUUUAUAAAUAAUAUUAUUUAGUAAAACUGUGUUAUGUUACGUAGAAGAGUCUCCAAGUUGUCCCAUCUAGGAGGCAAAAGCGAAAUUUUAGAUAGGGAGCUAGGAGUAUCGUGAUAUCACGAUCAUUAUAUAAAGUUACUUAUAUCCCCAGGAUAUCUGUAGCCUAGCACCGAAACACGAAAUUGCUAGACAGACGAUUCCUGGCUGAAAAAAACAAACUAUUUAAAUGUACUGUAUAUACUAUAUAUGAGUUAAUGUAAUCGCAAUGUAAUCAUUUAGUGAGUCCCCUACUGUAAAAACAUUUUGCAGACUAGUGAUGAAAGUUUUGUAUGAUUAAGGUUGUCAUAGUUUAUAUUAAGAAACAUCCGGAGU